AAAAGAGAGGCAAAAUAUUUUACUCAGAAUUAAAAACCAUUGACGAAAAACUUGUCUUUGCUUAUCAACUUUUUGAAAAACAUUUACCCGAAUGGAAUUAUAAUGGAAUUAUCAAUAUUGUUUCUG